CAUCUUGAUUCCUGCCGUGGCCACGCCAGAGGGGCGUGCCUGGCUGGGGUGUCACUGACUGGGCGGAGGUAGUUCGGGUUGUCGCUUCAGGGCCUCCCUCCUCUGCUAACCGCGGCCCAGGCGAAGGUUUGUUGACAGGGAAUCUGUGGGCCGCCGGGUCAGCCAAAGAUGGUCGCUCCUCACGGGGAGCAAGGGUCGUAGGCGUCGGCGCGGCUGACAGGACGGAGUUGACUUCCCUGUCAGCGGCUCGUGGCAUCUUUAUAGGUCAUGGAAAACACCCAGGUUAUUGACUGGGAUGCUGAAGAGGAGGAGGAGACAGAAAUACCCAGUGGGUCCUUGGGGUAUAGCUUGGAGCCUAUAGGGCAGCUGCGUCUCUUCAGUAGUACUCAUGGACCAGAAAGAGAUUUCCCACUCUACCUUGGCAAGAAUGUAAUUGGCCGAAGCCCCGACUGCUCUGUGGCCCUGCCUUUUCCAUCCAUCUCUAAACAGCAUGCAGUAAUUGAAAUCUCAGCUUGCAACAAAGCCCCUAUCCUCCAGGAUUGUGGGAGCCUCAAUGGCACUCAACUGGUAAAGCCCCCAAAGGUCCUAACCCCUGGAGUGAGCCAUCGUCUGAAGGACCAGGAAUUAAUUCUGUUUGCAGACUUUCCCUGCCAGUACCGUCGCUUGGAUGUCCCUCCACCUUUGGUCUCUCGGGGACUUCUAACUAUAGAGAAGACCCCCAGAAUACAGGGAGGGUCCCAAACCUCCAGAGUUUUGUUGGCUGAGGAUUCGGAGGAGGAAGUAGAUUUUCCUUCUGGAAGGUAUGUGGCAAAUGGAUCAAGGAAUCCAACGUCUCCAUCAGCAACAGUAGUACCAGAAAGUGAUGAAGAGGGGUCUUCUCCAGCCCAAAGUGUCCGUGGGCCGUCUUUGCCCUUUGACUUGGGCAGUGACACAGAUGAAGAGCUAUGUCCACAGCCAGCAGUUGGGGAGUCCUCUUCAGUUGCCAGGGAUGGUGCUGCUGCAGAGGCCAAGCAGCUGGAAGCUAAUGGAGUGACAUCUGGUAUCCAGCUGGUACUGGCUCAGCCUGCUGAGCAAAAGCUCAGAGAUGCAAAAGUCAAGAGUGAGGCUGGCAAUGGAGCGGCUGUGGUUGGGAGGGGCUCCACUGUGGGUAAGGACAGCAACACGGAAAUGGGUGAAGAACACCAGCCUUCCGGCUUUGUGGACAGCGAUACAGACGUGGAAGAAGACAGGAUCCCUGUGACCCCCCCUGUAGUUCCGGGGAAGAAGCAAGUCCUGCUUGGAGUUGGUAAAAAGGACCCUGGAGCACCUGUCGUGACCCAUCUGCAGGACAGCCCAGCUGGUCGUGGCACAGGUGUGGAAGAAGGCAAGACUCCAGUGGCUGGCCCUCCAGAGAGAAACCACACGGCCAUGGUGAUCAGCAGCGACACAGAUGAGGAAGAUGGAGUCUCAGCAGCAGUCACCUUGGCCCAUCUGAAAGACAGGGGGAUGGCUCUGUGGAGCAGGGAGCCAGGCAUGGAAGAGGUCAAGUCCCAACCACAGGUCCUCGUAGAACGAAGCCAGAGUGCCUCUGGGAAAGACAGUGACACAGACGUGGAGGAGGAAAAGAGAGAAGUGGUCCCUGACAGCCCCAUGGACACAGAUGAGGCUCUUACUGUCCCACAUUCAGAGAGCCAAGCUCCCCAUAGAGCCAGUGAUGAUGUAGACCAGGGUGUGGAUAUGGGCUCCCCUGGUGGUCAGCUAGAGGGAAACCAGGCCUCCUCUGCCACAGUAGAAGACAGUAGUGCACAAGCAGGGAAGGAAGUCCUGCCUCCUGAGGAGGCCUGGGAAACAGCUGUGGAGGAAGGCUCAUCUUCAGCAGCGGCAGAUGUAAGACAAAGCAAGCAGCCAGGAGUAGAAGAUGCUGGGACAGAGUGGGCUGCAACUGUUUGUGAGCAGGCGAGCAUGCUUGAGGUGGGGGUCCAAGGCAGGUCACCUGCUACACUGGUAGAGCCAGUGGUGGUGCCUACAGCUACUCUGGGGGAUCCCACUCAGCCACAGAGAGAGGGAGCCCAGACCCCCACAGGAAAGGAGAGAGGAGUACAAAUGGGCAGGACCAAGAAUGCCAAAGACUGCCGUGAUGCAGAGUCUGAAGAUGUGUGCCUUCCGGCUACCCAGUGCUUUGUAGACAGGGAGGGCCAGAGCUCAGAAGCUGUCCAGAGUUUGGAAGAUGAGCCUACGCAAGUCUUUCCAUGCACUCUUCCCCAAGAGCCUGGGCCUUCCCACCUCAGCCUGCAGACGCCAGGUCCAGGUGCCCAGGAUGUGCCUUGGGAAGUCUUAGCUACACAGCCGUUUUGUCUGAGAGAAGCUGAGGCCUCUGAACUGCAGCUCAUGGACACCCACCCUGCAGCUCAUGAAUCCCACCCAUCUGUGUCUAGUGCAUCAGCAGGACAGCAGCAUCUGGUUCACACAGAGCCGCUGGGAAUUGAAGGCGGAGAGAUGCAAACUGUGGAGAAAGCCAUGGGCCAAUUGAGUUGCAAGAUGGCAUCUGCUGGAGAGGACUCAAGGGGUGAUCCAGAACCCUCGGCCCAUCGCCUGCUUUCUCCAGUUCCUGAAGCUUCUUCUCCACCUCAGAGUCUGCUCACCUCUCAGAGCCAAAAGCCGUCUACACCCCAGUCUCUGUUACUUACCUCUCCCCCUUCUGAGCUACACCUUCCUGAAACUCCUCACACCAAGCCUAAUGUCAGGCCUCGGCGGUCCUCCAGGAUGACCUCCUCCCCACACUCCUCUGCUGCCCUUAAGCCCUAUACUACCUGCCCCACAAACCUGCCUGCUGCCCCUAGACCAACAUCUCGGGCUACUCGGGGCAGGGGCAGGGCAAAUAGGUCCUCUACCAGGACCCCGGAACCAGUUGUCCCUACAGACUCUGAGCUUCAACCUCCCACCUCCACAGAACAGUCUGUCAUCCCCAAACCCACAUCUCCAGUCACUCAGGGCAGCAUAAAUGGUUCCUUUGUUAAAACGCCUGAACCAGUUGUUCUCACAGGUCCCAAAAUCCAGCCUCCCACCUCCACAGAACAGCCUGUUACCCCAAACCCCACACCUCAGGCCACUCGGGGCAGGCCACAUAGGUCUUCCAUCCAGACCCCAGAACCACUUACUCCCACUGGUCCUGACCUCCAGCCUCCCACCUCCACAGAACAGCCUGUCAUACCUAAACCCACAUCUCGGGCUGCUCGGGGCAGGUCACGUAAGUCUUCUACCAGGACCCCAGAACCAGCUGUCCCCACUGGUCCUGACCUCCAGCCUCCCACCUCCACAGAACAGCCUGUCACACCUAAACCCACAUCUCGGGCCACUCGGGGCAGGUCACGUAAGUCUGUCAGAACCCCAGAACCAGCUGUCCCCACUGGUCCUGACCUCCAGCUUCCCACCUCCACAGCUCUGGGCACUUUGGGAAGGGCAUGUAAGUCCUCCAUUGAGGAUUCUGAAUCAGUUGGACCAGUAGCCUCUGAUUUUGAACCUCCCAUCUCCACAGACCUUGUUGCCCCUGAGGUGACAGGUCAGAGCAUAACACUAAAGUCUUCACCACUAAGUGCUUCUCCAGUUUCUGCCACCUCUGAACUCCAGCCACCUGUCCCCACAGCCCAGCCUGUUCUCCUGGAGCCCAUUCCUCAAGCCAACCACCGAAGGCGGCGGAAGGCUGCUGGGAAACGGGGCUCCCACACAGUUCCCAUUGGCCAAAAGCCUUACUCUGCACCCUCUGAACCUGGUUCCCAAUCUUCAAUCAAUCAAGGCUUGGCAUUGGAAGCCGCUGAGUCUAUUACUGUUGCUCCUGAGCCUGCUGUUUCCCAGGCUCCAGAGACCUCCACUCAGAAUCCCGUGGUGCAAAAUGAAGCAGCUGGGAGAUCAGGGCUCAUUCCCAAGCCCCAGCCUGAGGUUUCUCGAUCCCGCAAGAAGCCUUCUACUACCACAACCUCACCAAUUCAAAAACGUCCCCGAAGACAAAUACCCCAGAAGACAAUAGUCCCCAAGGAAGAAGAUCCUGAGGAAAUGCCAGUGAAGGAAGAGCCUCAGGAGAUAGCAAUUCCAACACCCGGCAAAAGAAAGAGGGACCGUGUAGAGGAUGAGACCCAGGGAAACCCAAGUCGGAGCCGGCGGGCUAAACCUAACCAAGAAGCAGCAGCCCCCAAGGUACUGUUCACAGGAGUUGUGGAUUCUCGGGGAGAGCGUGCAGUCCUGGCUCUGGGUGGCAGUCUAGCCAGCUCAGUAAAUGAGGCCUCCCACUUGGUCACUGAUCGCAUCCGAAGAACGGUCAAGUUCUUGUGUGCCCUGGGGAAGGGCAUCCCUAUCCUCUCCCUGAACUGGCUGUAUCAGUCCAGAAAGGCUGGUCACUUCCUGCCACCUGAUGACUACUUGGUGACUGACCCUGAACAAGAGAAGAACUUUAGCUUCAGCCUUCGGGACUCCCUGAGCCGGGCUCGGCAACAAAAACUGCUGGAGGGCUAUGAGAUUUACGUGACCCCUGGAGUGCAGCCACCCCCACCUCAGAUGGGCGAGAUCAUCAGCUGCUGUGGGGGCACCAACCUGCCCAGCAUGCCCCAGUCCUAUAAGCCUUACCGAGUUGUCAUAACUUGCACUGAAGACCUACCUCGCUGCGCUAUCCCAUCUCGACUGGGGCUGCCCCUCCUCUCUCCUGAGUUCCUCCUGACUGGAGUGCUAAAGCAGGAAGUCACACCAGAGGCCUUUGUCCUUUCAAAUUAGGAAAUGUUCUCCACCUAAAAAAAAAAUCUACCUCUACCCUCUCAGACCAGCAAACAUUCCUAGAAAAUAUUUGAAAAAAGGAACACACACAAUUAAGACUACACAAGGUGGUCCACACCUUUUAUCUCAGUCAGCACUUGGAAGGCAGAAGUAGGCAGAUUUUUAUGAAUUCCAGGCCAGCCAGGGCUACCUAGUGAAAUUCUGUCUCAAAAACCAAAAUAAAAAACAAAAAACCCUCAAGGUCUAAGAUGUAUUGUAUUGAUACAACUUCUUUGGGAAUGUGUAUAAGACCAAAGAGUUUUUGAAAAAGAAAAAGGAUUUUUUUCCCCCCUAAGAUAUCCAUUUUUAAAUUGGCCAACCCAAGCUGGGGUUGUGGUGGUGUGGCAGAGCACUUGUCAUCAGUGGUGAAGGCCCUGGUUCAGUCAGCAGCCUGCAGCCACAAUGGCUAAGCCGCUGUUGCAGUCCCAGCACCCUGCCUGGUUUUGGCCCCCUUCCUUGUCUUCCCGGGAUUCUUACCAGUUCCCAGGCAUACCUGACUGAGAAGAUGAGGGUGGCUCAUGGGAUGUUUUCUGGUCUGUGACUCCUGGAUAGAAAGGGCUUUUAGUUUUGCUGCACAUGGCCUGCUUUUCCAGUGUUUGCUGUUAGCUUUGGUCAUCUCUGUGGAGGGUCGGUUGCUCACUCAGCCUCCCUAAUGGUGAAUUUCUGGAGUGGCAUAAGACCGUUUUGAACUUGCAUUCAUUUAUCAGUAUCGAUUUAGAGUAAAUCGGUAAAUCGCAUUUGUUUUUAAAAGCUGGUCACUUUCUAGGGUGUGGAGAAAGUAGGACUCUUGGGUACUGCUCGUGUUUGGUUUGGCCUCUGCAGUCAACAGUUUGCAAGUUCCUUUGAAGAUAAGUAAAAAGCUGGUCAGGAGCAUUUCCCAUAGUCCCAGUAUGUAGACGCUGAAGCAGGAUGGCCAAAAGUCCCAGUUCAGAAUGGGUUACUGAGGAAAACCCUGUCUUAACAGAAACAGGGUUUUGUUUGUUUUGUGUUUUUCCGAGGUUAGUUUUCAUCAUCUCUAUGGUAGGUCAUCUGGCCUGCCUGAUAACCAUAUGACCCAGCAGAAUGGCUCUGCCCCCUGCACUUGGCCUCGAAUUCCAGCUGUGCAGGUAGGGGCAAGUGGGAUCAGAAGUUCAAGGUCAGCUUUGGCUACAUAGCAAAUUGGAGGCUAGCCUAAAGCUACAAGAGACUCAAAAAUGAAAAACAGGCACUUGAUGUUUUUUUUGGGGGGGGGAAGUAUGUUUUUUUUUUUUUAAUGCUUCCUAGGCAAUCACUUUGCCACUUAGCCUCAUUCCAGCCCCUUAUUACUUUUCAAGAUGGCCAAAUAUAGAAGUACUGUAGACGGCUGGGCAGUGGUGGCACACAACUGUAACCACAGCACUCAGGAGGCAGAGCAGGUGAAACUCUGAGUUCAAGACCAGCCUGGUCUACAGAGCUAAUUCCUGGACAGCCAGGACUACACAGAGAAACCCUGUCUCGAAAAGCCAACAGAAACCGUAGAUGUUUGUUCAGCAAGGAUGAAGAUAUAAAUGUGCUGUGUGCACAAAAAGGAAUGCUCAGACAUGAAGUAUUUGAGGGCGAGUGUCAAGAAGACCCUAAGUAAAAGGCCCAGACACAGAGGACACAUUUGAUUCCAUCUGCCUGAGAUAGAUCCAGAAUGGGUGAAUUCAUGAAGGUAAGAAUAGAUCAGUGUUGGGCUGGAAAUAUGGCUCUGAGGUUAAGAGCACUGACUGCUCUUCCAGAGGUCCUGAGUUCAAUUCCCAGCAACCACAUGGUGGCUCACAACCAUCUGUAAUGAGAUCUGGUGCCCUCUUCUGGUGUGCAGGCAUACAUGGGGGCAGAAUGUUGUAUACAUAAUAAACUCUUUAAAAAAAAAAAAAAACAGAUCAGUGCAUCCCAGACUCUGAGGACAGGGGUGCUGCUCAAGGAGUCUAGCGUUUCAUUGUGAGAAGUUGAGAGUAUUGGAGCCAGAAAGAAAGAGGUUGUACAUAGUGCAGAAUAUUAAAUGCUACUGUGCUAAAUGUCUCUUUUUUAUGUGAAUUUCAUUUCAAUAAAAAUAUAGUUGCUACUUUGUAUACUUUUCUGCAAUGCUUCCAGAACUACUCUGGUGUUGUAUAUGUCACCUAGUUGCCCUCUCCAGGUGAGGGCAUCAAAGUCGGCCUGUUCACACCCCUGCCGUAUGCUGUGCCUCUAUGGAUUUUACUUUUGAGGGUGUUGGGGAUUCAGCAAUGCUACUCAAAUAAAUACUUCACAUUAAACUGUA